UACAGACAGCGUUAUUAAGUACAGAGGAGCAGACAGAACAGUCAGUUAUUCACUGAAACACUCGAUUAAAGACCAGCGGGGUAAAAAGUAAGAAGGAGAGGAGACUAGUAAACAUCCUGUUUUUAUUUCAAAGGGUCCACCCCCUCCCAACCUGAAACAGUGACAGGCAGAGACCAGCUCCUCUUUUCUUUAUAACCAUGCUGCUUCUGGAUGAAUCUGACUCAUUUGCAGACCAGUCCCGCAGCACCUCCUUCAGCUCAGAGAAUGAGAUUCAGGGCGGCGACCCGGUUGUGUGGCAGCUCACCCCACCCCAGUCUACCUCACCUUCAGCAGAGACGCCGGCACACCCACCUUCCUCGCAGUCCAUGUCCAGACACCGCUCCAGGCUGGCAAGCCAAAGCCCCGCCCCUUCAUCGGCCCAGACAGGAAGCAAGAAGCAGAGCUCCAAGUCCUCGCACAUGAGACGAAACAUCAGGAAAUUAUUGAGGGGACAUCAGUUAGAUGUGACCAAAGCCGCCCAACAUGACGAGCUGGAGAGAAGGCGACGUCUGGGGGAGCACAGAAAGCAGGAUUUUAAUGCACCACUGAUACCUGAAAGACCAACAGGUGAUGUCGCCCAGCAUGUGCCCUCAUCAGCAGCAUCAGCGUCAUUCCAGCAAGAAGUCAAGUCCACCAGACAGGAAGUAAUCAGUUUGGACUCCAGCAGGCUCAGCAAAGACGCCCGCACGACUAACACACCUGCUUCUGUUGCUACAGAGCAAACUCAAAAUCCAGCUGUCAUCGAUCUGUGCACAAGUGAAGAUGACACUUCUUCGCACGGCUGCAGCGAGUCCACCAACAAAGACAGCGAGCCAAGCGGCGCACACGCCAACGAUGCCCAGAACCAACCAGAAGUGCAGGACAGGGUGCUGGUCAACCUGAACCACCCAACCACAGAAAACAACAUUUUCCUGUCACCCCAGCUGGCUCGAGCAGUCAAACCUCACCAGAUCAGUGGAAUCCGUUUUCUGUACGACAACCUGGUGGAGUCGUUGGAGCGUUUCAGCAACAGCAGCGGGUUCGGUUGUAUCCUCGCCCACAGCAUGGGUCUGGGCAAAACGCUGCAAGUCAUCUCCUUCAUCGACGUCCUGUUCAGACACACUCAGGCUCACACUGUGCUCGCCAUCGUGCCGGUGAAUACUUUGCAGAACUGGCUGUCAGAGUUCAACACGUGGGUCCCUCCUCCUGAGGCCUUACCUCCAGACACCGACCCUGCCCUGGUGGCCCCCCGCAUAUUUAACGUUCACAUCCUUAAUGAUGAACACAAGAACACGGCGACCAGAGCCAAGGUGGUGGAGGAGUGGUCGAGGGACGGUGGGGUGCUGCUCAUGGGCUACGAGAUGUACCGCCUGCUGUCACUGAAGAAGGGCUUUGUUGUUGGAAGGAAGAAGAGAAGCAAGAAAGCUGCAGGACCGGAUGUCAUAAACCUGGAUGAAGACGACCGACAGCAGGAACUGCUUAAAGGUGUUGAGAAAGCCCUGUCCCGACCCGGUCCUGAUGUUGUGAUCUGCGAUGAAGGACAUCGCAUUAAGAACUGCCACGCCAGCACAUCUCAGGCUCUAAAGAGCAUUCGAACGCGUCGUCGCGUGGUCCUGACCGGAUAUCCGCUCCAGAACAAUCUGACUGAGUACUGGUGCAUGGUGGACUUCGUCCGACCCAACUUUCUAGGUACACGCCAGGAGUUCAGCAACAUGUUUGAGCGUCCCAUUUUAAAUGGACAGUGUGUGGACAGUACACCUCAGGACGUCCAGCUGAUGAGGUACAGGAGCCACGUCCUGCACAGCCUGCUGGAGGGCUUCGUGCAAAGGCGAGGCCACGAUGUCUUGAUGGACCAGCUGCCCUCCAAGCAGGAACACGUGAUCCUUGUGCGUCUGUCUCCCCUGCAGAGGGCGCUCUACACCGAGUUUGUGAACCGCUUCCGAGAGGCAGGAAACACCGGCUGGCUCAGCCUCAACCCACUGAAGGCUUUUUGUGUCUGCUGCAAGAUUUGGAACCAUCCAGACGUGCUUUAUGAGGCCUUGCAGAAGGAAAAUCUGGCAAGCGAGCAGGACUUGGACCUUGAUGACAUCACCUCAGCCCGAUGUCCCACCACAACCUGUGAAAAGUCAAAGAACUUGGACAGUCCAGAUCCCAUCUGUGGACUGAGUCUGAGCCAGCUGCAGGAGAAAGCCAACCAGGUCAUCACUUAUGAAUGGGCAAAUGAGAUCAUGUGUGACUACAAGCCCGGCGUCCUGGAGAACUCUGCAAAGAUGGUACUGCUGUUCCACCUGAUAGAAGAAAGCGUCGAGAAAGGAGACAAAAUUCUUGUUUUCAGUCAGAGUUUAUCUACACUGACUGUAAUUGAGGAAUUUUUAGCCAAGAAACCAGUGCCCCCUUCGCCUUAUACAACCAGCAAAGACAGACCGAACCAGAACUGGGUCCGCAAUCUCAACUACUACAGACUGGAUGGAAGCACAACGGCUUCAGAGAGAGAGAGACUGAUAAACCAGUUCAAUGAUCCGACAAACACCUCGGCAUGGGUUUUCCUCCUGUCAACUAGGGCUGGUUGUCUGGGUGUGAAUCUGGUCGGGGCAAACCGCGUGGUGGUGUUUGACGCCUCCUGGAAUCCCUGCCAUGAUGCUCAGGCUGUUUGUCGUGUCUACCGUUAUGGACAGAGGAAGCCUUGUCACAUCUACCGGCUGGUGUGCGACUUUACACUGGAGAAGAAGAUCUACGACCGGCAGAUCUCAAAACAGGGCAUGUCUGAUCGUGUGGUGGAUGAUCUGAACCCUGUCCUGACCUUCACCAGGAGGGAAGUCGAAUCUCUUCUUCAUUUUGUGGAUGAGGAACCAGACCCAUCCCAGGUCCAGCUGCAGCCCAACUUCAUCAGGGACAGCGUCCUGCAGAAGGCUCUGCACCUCUACACUCACCUGAUCACCAAGCAACCCUUCCCCCAUGAGUCCCUGCUGAUGAACCGCAGAGAGCUGAAGCUGAGCAGUGCUGAGAAAAAAGCGGCUAAGAGGGAUUACGAGGAGGAAAAAAGGGCCUCGGUGCCAUACACCCGGCCAUCGUACGCUCACUAUUACCCCGCCAGUGACCAGAGUCUCACCAACAUCCCUGCCUUCAGCCAGAGGAACUGGCGCCCUCCCACACUCACUGAGGAGAAACCAGUGGCGAAUGUCAAACCAGUCCAGUCAGGAUCAGUUCCCAUGAUGCCCCGCCAGGUGUCUGCAGGUUCUGCCCAAGACCGUGACUCCUCAAGAUCCAGCCUCGGAGGCUUCAACAUCAACUGCCUGCAAAAAGCCGGGGUGUUUGUGCAGAAGAUUGUCACUACUACCGACAUCAGGAUUCCAGGUACCAACAACUCAACAGAUGCAAAAGCCAGAAUCCCAGCUGGAGAAAGUAUUCAUAUCAUCAAAGGCACAAAAGGGACUUACAUCAGAACAUCAGAUGGUCGAAUCUUUGCCAUCAGAUCAGCUAAUAAAACCAAAACCAUGGACGAGAGCGCAACAGCAACACCCAAAAAUGUGCAAGCCUCACCUCAGGAGGUUUCAACCAAUCACAGUAACGGGUGCCUGUCACCUGACAGUAAGCAACAGGUACCCUCCAAGGCUGUGCCCCGCCCUCUUUCACCCGACAGCCCUGACAUCAUCGAUGAGUUGCAGCGCUACACGUGUGGCGCAGGAGCUGACGCCGCAGCAGAGAGCAGCAUGAAGAGUGGUGGACAUGUGAGCCGCCAUGAUGUCUCUGUCACUGAGGCCAUCCAGCCCAACAUUGACGUCACCGCUGCUCAGGACUUGAGAAUAGGCACGAAGCGCAAAGCCUCCACACCGUCCCUGGAUGAGCUGGCGAGUAAGCAGCCCUUUGCAAACGAACUUUCUUCCACCUUUCUUCCCUCACAAGGCUUCCCUUUCACUGGGGGCUAUGGCCUCCCCCCAGUGGGUCUCAACUCUGCCAUGUUGGGUGGUUCUCUGUGGCCUCCACUCCUCAUGGGUUCAGGUGGCUCACACUACUUCCAUUCACCCAACACUCAGCUGGGUGACCCCAGCUACAUGUACCCAAAUCUGUUUGGCAUGAACGAAUCUGGCACUCCCUCAUCUUCCUCUUCCUCAACAGCUCCAACCAGUUCAACCAUCUCAUCUUCCUCAUCGUCUUCUGCGUCAGUCAAAGCCACCAGUUCACUUCCAGGAGCUCUGCCGCCGUUCAUGCUGAACCCCGGCGCGCCUGGGAUGCUCGCAUACACUCCCUCUCUGGCCAGCCUUUACUCCGGGGCAAUGCUACAGAGCGGCGGGCCGGGUUCAGCUGCCACGCCUGGAGCUGCUGGGUCCAGCUUCUCGUCCCAGUACCCCACAACUGCUGCCUCUAGCUCCUCCUCAUCCUCACCUUCCUCUUUCUCCCCUUCUGCCCAAUCUGAAAGUCAGCGACCUUCAGUUCUGGUGAAUGGCAGGGAUGUUGGCAGCAACAGCAGCUCUGAUGAUGAUGAUGAUGAUGAUGAUGAUUAUAUCAUUGAGGUGAAGGGACAGUAAGACAAACAAAAACAUUUAGAUUUUUACAAAUAAGAUAAUGUCCUAUUUAACUAAAUGCAGGUUUUAAAGCACCUGACAUGGAGGCCUUGAGAGGGAAGAGGUAAAAAAAAAAAAAAAGCGCCAAUAUUUUUUUUUUGUCACCUGCAUUGCCUUGAAGAAACUGUCUAAUGAAUGACCAGACACAGGCUGGACGCAGAGUACCAGAAUGUGAAACCUGAGAAAAGGUUAAAGAUUCAGAGGGAAGGACAAAUGGACAUUUUGUGGCAUUAAAAUGCUCCUCACUGGUGUACGUUCUGGUGGGGGCGAGCCUCCACUGGCUGCAUAUGUCCAAUAGUUGUAUUGUUGACUUGGAGAUUCUGUUCUGCAGCUUUGCUUUAUGUGAGGACUCGUGCUUAUAACUUAAAAAAAAAAAA